AUGAAUUCAGUGCGGUGUAUAUAUAUCUAUAUGAGGGCGAGAAGGAAUGAAAUUGAGGAACACACAGAGACACAGUCGAAGCAAAAGCCAAAUCUAGAGUCAAGGAGACGUAUUAGUCAUAACUAUAUGUGUUUCAACAUGUCCCCCAACCCUUUGUUAGCCUAUCGGGUUUACGCCAGCAGCUACGCCUCGAUCGAAAAUCUAGAGUCUGUGAAGCUCAGGAACGGAAUCCAUGUCGCUCUGGCCUUCGCCAGAGAUUACGAUGAAGAUGGGAAUCCCACCAAAGGAGACUUCAAGUGCUAUUUCAAAAAAGACGAGCUCACUCCCACCAAGGUCAAAACUUUCAAGCAAAAUUCGGCUUCCAAAGUCAAGUUCUUCCUUAGCAUCGGUGGCCGUGACGAGAAAUAUCCCUUUUCCGUCACCUCUUCCGAAAAAGAAACCUGGAUCUCGAGUGCCACCCAAUCCCUGAAAAGGAUCAUCCACCACUACAACCUUGAUGGCCUCGACAUUUACUACCAAUACAUCGAUCCUGUCGGGGAGGCUCAGUUUAAGGAUGCGAUAGGGGAGGUUAUAGAGAACCUGAAGAACGACCUGCCGGACGACUUUCUGGUUUCCAUCACCGUGUCUGCUCGUCUCUGUUGUAAUUUUUACUCGCCCUUGUACAACGACCACCACAGAGUUAUUGACCACGUUGUUUACCAGACCCACACUUGGCCUAAUGUCAUUAAAUCUUCUCAGUUCCUCACGAACGUCCUCGACACCUUACCUUAUCCCAAAGAAAAGCUCUUCGCUGGUCACAGUUCCUCCCACCAGCACUCGGACUGGAUCAAAGUUCCGGUGCCCAUCUUCCUCGGCGCUGUUCCUCACCUCCUCGACAAUAACGCGGCCGCUUCCGGGAUUUCCAAAUGGAUUGUGACCAGCGAUGAUAACCCAGAGAAGCCGUGA